AGAAAGCAACCCUGGUCACGACGCGCAAUGAUCGUUUGAUUUUGUUUUUGGAAAAUUGGAAAUUAAAUUCAAAGCGAAUUGCGCCCAACCUAACUGUUCAUGGAAAAAUGGCAGAUCACCAGUACAAACUGUUCCGAGCGGUCGACCCAAGCACGGUAAAAGUGCCGUUUAAGGAGAAAUUUGCCAAUCUGACGCUGUCUUCUAAAAAAAAACAGGCACCCAAAGCACCGAAAGAAGAGCCUCCAGGAUCGAUGCCAGCCGCAAAGGAGAGUUUUGGGAGCUGUGAGCCCCGAGAGCAGGCCGCCGAGGAUCUCGAUGGCUCAGAGUACAUGGAUGCCCUGCAGCUGAGCGGGGAUGACAACCAGGAGGUGGAGCAUCUCUCCUUCAAGAUCAGCAACUUGACAAUGCAGCCCAAAGGGCAACAAAUGCCACAGCCAGAAAUCUCCAUCUGCAUCUCCUCCACGACGGAGGAGGGCGAAGACACAGACGCCGAAGAUUCCUGCAUCACCAUCUCCAGUGACUCCAGCGGAGAAGACCAGGCGCACGAGAAGGCCGCUCCCGACAGCAUGGCUGUGAGCGACCGGCUAACCCAACUGGACCCUGACCAGGAGCCCAUUCCGGCCCCCGUACUAACCACAAGUAAGGUUCAGCGCAUCGAGGCCUUCCUGCGCGAUGUCUCCUUCGAAAGGAGGGAAAUGGAGCGCCAUCGGGAAACGACUCCUUCGCCUCUCUCCUCCAACAAGAGGCAAAAGUCCCGGCUUGCCAGUGCCGACACGGAAUCCAUGCCCACCGACGAGGACUGGUUGCCAGCCAAAACCAGACCGAUAGACAGCAGCAAGCGGCUGGCGGACAACGAGACUGAGGUGGACACCAUCUGCUCCGCCGCGGACGAGACACGGAUGGAUAGCAGCAAACGGCUGGUGGAUGACGAAACGGUGGCGAAUACCCUUAGCUCCGAGGAUCUCAGAGACAGCAGCAAGCGGCUGGCUGAUAACGACACAGAGUUGAACACCGUGUGUUCGGACAACUCCACGCUCCACGACGAUGAGCCUAUUCCAGAUGAGUCCAUUGAGAUUCCGGAGACUGCCAGCGAGUCGGAGGCCUCGCCACAAAAACCCAGCUCCUCGAACUCCAACCACACAUCCAGUGCGGAGGAGGAGGGUCAGCCUGUCUCCUUCCAAGUCAGCAGCAUCAACAUAUCCGCUAAAAUUAAUAUCAAAAUCAGUAUUCCGCCCAUGGAGUCUAGUUCUGCAGAAGAGGAGGAGGCAGACGAGGAGGAGAACCUUCCCCCACCAAGAGCCACCAAGUCCAUCCAGAGUUCCGAGGAGAUUGUCGCGGAAAAGCAGCAGCAGGAGAGGGAGCAUCAGGAUCACCAAAAAUCGAUGCUCUCUACAGGGGAUGCCUCCGAGGACGAGCAGUUUCUCACCCAAGCAGAAAAGCUCCUGAACCAGUUGUAUGGAAAGUCCUGGCAGACACCUGAUGUGAUUCGCACCUUGAAGCGCUCCAGCGGCAGUGGCGGCAAGACGGCCCCGCUGAAGCCAAGGAACCUCAAUCCGCCAGCAGCUCCGGCCACCACAGCCAAAAAGAAGCGGCCACCACCUCCCAAGCCAGACGAAAGUGUCUUGGGCGACUUUAGCAUUUUCAAGAGAGCUCUUCGCGCCAACGAGACACCCCUGAACUCCACGCGUUUGCCGCCUGUGCGGGCUGCCCAAACGGAACGGCGUCCGCAGCGGAAAGCUGCUCCUCGUCCACGCACCAAUCACAUCGAUGAGGACCGUUGGCGAGCUCUAGUGGAUUCCGAAAGUGGGACAGACGCCUCCGAUGACGAGGACGCGGACGCAACGGUGAGCGGAAACAGCAGCGACAGCAGUGAUGAGGAACAAAAAGCUGGAGACAUCACCUAUCUGGACUUGACCAAGGCCGAGGUGGAGGUGAUCAGCAACCCCGACGAGGAUGAGCAGUCACCGAAGUUCCACCGCCGGCUGGACGACAUCCUACGCUCGUGCCGCGCAGGCUCAAAAGCUAAGAUACCGGCUACGCCGCCGCCGCAACAGGGCACCACCAGGCGUCAGUUGUUCACGCCGAACACGGGCUAUGAGGACGACAAAGAGGCUAAGGAAAUUGUGGACCGGGCGGUCGAUCUCGACAUGCUGGACGAGCUGGAGAAGGAGCACCUGCCAGGAACGCCCGUCCACAAGCGACUGCAGGAGGUCAAGAAGAAGCUGGGCAUUGCCCAGGAAACGCCGAAGGCUACGCCCAUUUUUAAGCUGCAUACCCCGCAAACAGCCCCGCCCAAACCCACUGCGCCGCCCAAGUCCACCGCCCGCAAGGCGAAGCAGCCGUCCAAGCCAGCGCCUCCAGUUACCGAGAGCAGGAAGUGCAGUUUCCUGAAGUCCCUGGAAGGGCAAGUGAGCCGCGAACGGGCGGACAAUGAGGCCUACUUCUACAGGGAGAACUUUACCAGGAACAAGGACCAGCUGGCCCUGCACCUGUACAAAAUGUUCAACGCCCAGGUGUUCAACAACGAACUGGACGUGCCCAUUACGUGGUCGAAGCUGUUACGGAAUACGGCCGGACGGUGCAUGAAUAAAAGAAAGCUUAACCUGCGCAGCAGCUCAAUAGAGCUCAGUGUCAAGGUCCUGACCACAGCCGAUCGCCUGCGCUGCACUCUCAUCCACGAGCUGUGCCACGCCGCCGCCUGGGUGUUCAACGGCGAAGGUGGCCACGGCCGCGUGUGGAAGAUGUGGGCCCGUUGCGCCAUGGACAAGUUUCCCGACCUGCCGGAGAUCAAGGUGUGCCACAGCUACAACAUCGAGUUCAAGUACACCUACAAGUGUAUGAGCUGCAACACAUCCUCACAUGCCCACUCGCGGUCCAGGAAGGUGGAGAACCUACGGUGCCGGCUCUGCCGUGGGCCCAUCACUUUGCUGCUGAACAAAAAAGAUAAACAGGGAAAUAUAGUUUCCACGCCAGCCGGAGAGGCCAAGGGCUUUGCAAAAUUCGUGAAGGACAACUUCAACAAAUUCAAAAAGGACGACCUCACCGCAGCCCAGGUGAUGCGCCUGCUCAGCGUGGAGUACGCCAAACAAAAGGAUCAAAAACUAACAGGGGAGACAGCGGCGUCGAUCGCCGGACGGGUGGAAGUUCUGACAUUGGACGACUAGAUAUAAAGAAUCACCUAUGUACAUGUUUAUAUGUUUAUAUUUUUUUUUUUAUUAAGUAAACAAGAAACGGGGUUUCUAGUGAUCUUGUAAUCGUAUUUCUAAAGAGUGGCCCCCUAUAGCGAUACGAUCUAGUAAGCGUCGAACAAUACACUGUAACAAAAAAUAAGGUACGAUCUAAAAGAAAAAUGUGUUGACAAUAUAAUAAAUUUUUUAUAUAAUCAAAA